CUUCAUAACCUCUCAUCCUUUCUUUCCUUCAAACUUCAGCUCUUUUCCAUUAUCCAUGGCUUCUUCUCAAUCUCAUCACAAUAAUAAUGAAACCCUAUCAAGCCAUAUUGACAUCCGUAUUCACCCUAACGAAGAAGAUGACAAAAACAUCAACUACUUUCAAAGGGCACAAUGGCUUAGGGCAGCCAUGUUAGGAGCCAAUGAUGGUUUGGUCACAGUAACCUCACUAAUGAUCGGGGUUGGUGCUGUCAGACAAGACAUCAGAGCCAUGCUUCUUGCCGGGUUCGCGGGACUAGUUGCCGGAGCUUGUAGCAUGGCAAUCGGAGAGUUUGUGUCUGUGUACACUCAAAGGGACAUAGAGUUAGCGCAGAUGAAGAGAGAAAGAGAAGCCAACAACAACACAAAAGAAGUUGACGAUGAUGAAAAGGAUAGGCUUCCGAACCCUUUUCAGGCUGCUGCUGCAUCGGCACUUGCAUUUUCCGGCGGUGCAGUGGUGCCUCUCGUCGGAGCUGUGUUCAUAAGAGAUUAUAGGGUGAGGAUGGCGGUGGUGGCCGCACUGGCUAGCUUGGCAUUGGUGGUUUUUGGAGGUGUCGGUGCAGUGAUCGGAAAAACUUCAGUGAGGAGGUCUUGUGUUAGGGUUUUGAUCGGAGGUUGGAUGGCUAUGGCUAUCACUUUUGGCUUGACCAAGUUGAUUGGUUUUACUGGAAUUUGAUUAUUAUGAAUAUUAAUAAGUCACUCCAUUGGCUUCAUUAUGUAUAUCGUGAAGCAAAUGAAUGAGCAAACUUGCAUGCUAGGACAAGUAAUAGUUGAAAAAUCAUUUUAAUUUUUCCCCCUUUUUUCUUUGUUUUUUCCCCUUUUUCCUUAUUCUCCCACCAUAAAAUGCAGGGACUGGAUUGAGAGAGAUAAGCAGAG